CCUAUUCAACGUACCCUCCUUUUUUUCCUCCAUCAUCUUCAUCAUCUUCUUCUUCUUCUCUCUCUCCAUCUCAAGAUCAAACUCUUGUUUCCGUUUCUCUUCACCAUCCAUGGCCAUGGCUUCAGAGAACAGUUCUAAGAAGAGAAAAAUCACCGAUGACGACGACGGUGGAGGGCUACUAGAAUCUCUUCCCGGAGAUAUUCUCACCGACAUAUUUUCUCGCCUUCCCAUCUCCUCCUUAGCUCGCCUUAAGUUCGUUUGCAGAUCUUGGAGAUCCAUUUUGACUGAUCAACAAGGUCGUGUGUCUUCUUCUUCUUCCCCUAUAAGACCUUGUCUUCUCCUUCACUGCGAUUUCCCAAUACGCAACGGCCUUCACUUCCUCGACCUAUCAGAAGAAGAGAAACGCAUCAAAACCAAGAAAUUCACUCUAAGAUUCGCAGCUUCCAUGCCAGAGUUCGACGUCGUAGGCUCGUGCAACGGUUUGCUCUGUUUAUCUGAUUCUCUCUACAACGAUUCACUCUACCUCUACAAUCCUUUCACUACCAACUCCUUAGAGCUUCCCGAAUGUUCUAACAAGUACCAUGACCAAGAACUCGUAUUCGGCUUCGGAUUCCAUCAAAAGACUAAGGAAUACAAAGUUUUGAAGAUAGUUUACUUCAGAGGCAGUAGCACUAGUUACAGAGGUCGUGGUAGAAUCCAAUACAAGCAAUCGGAGGUUCAGGUCUUAACCUUGUCAUCAAGAAGUACAGAUCAGUCUUUGUCUUGGAGGAGCCUAGGGAAAGCUCCUUAUAAGUUUGUGAAACGUCCUUCGGAGGCUUUGGUCAACGGGAGGUUACAUUUUGUGACACGGCCUCGCAGGCACGUGCCGGAUCGUAAGUUUGUGUCUUUUGAUCUUGAAGAUGAAGAGUUUAGAGAGAUUCCUAAACCGGACUGCGGUGGACUAAACCGGACAAACCAUAGACUAGUGAAUCUUAAAGGGUGUCUUUGCGCCGUCGUUUAUGGAAACUAUGGGAAAUUGGAUAUAUGGGUCAUGAAGAGUUAUGGUGUGAAGGAAUCUUGGGGAAAGGAGUAUAGCAUUGGGACUUACUUGCCAAAGGGGCUAAAGCAGAAUUUGGACCGACCCAUGUGGAUUUGGAAGAACGCUGAGAAUGGUAAAGUGGUUCGUGUUUUAUGUGUGUUGGAGAAUGGAGAGAUCUUGUUGGAGUAUAAGAGUAGGGUUCUUGUGGCAUAUGAUCCAAAAUUGGGUAAAUUUAAAGAUCUUGUUGUCCAUGGUAUGCCUAAUUGGUUUCACACUGUUGUUCAUGUUGGAACAUUAUCUUGGUUUAAUACACCAUUUGAUUUAUGAUUUCUUUUAUUUCUUCAUUUUUAUCUUCAUAUACAUAAUGUCAAAUAUGCUUUUUUGAAGAAUAUAUAUAUGUCAAAUAUGUUGCUGCA